AUGAAUUGGUCGUUUCUACUACAGCUGGUAAUAACAGUAUUGUUAAUUGUGCUGGGCGCCAACUGGUUGUUAAGUUCUUUUCUAUUGGAUUUUAAGAGGGACCUGACAGGAGUGGCUUUGUCACAGCAAUCCAGUAUAUCCAGCGUUCGUAAAGAGAAUGAAACAGCAUAUUAUAGAAGCAUGUUAGUACCCACUGGGUUCCCAUUGACGACAGGAUUGGGGCUUUCUUUGAAAUACAAAAUAAGAAAUGGUAAUUUCGGUGAUGUUUGGAAUGCCAUAAUGGAGGUUUCCAAAGGAAAAAACACCAUUAAGUUUACAGGGAACGAAAAAAGCCAUUCGUUGGGUGAACUCAAUGGUAUGGCCAAGCGCGUAGCUCAGAGACUUUCUACCGAGAAUUUCAAAAAUAUUGGUAUAUCUAAUUCUAUUGCCACCGUAGAAGGCUUUACUCUUACAUUGGCUUCCAUGAUGAUCUCUAUAAAGACAGGUUCAAUACCUCAUUUUUUGCCAGCAGUUCCUAGACAACGAUUGGAGGAUGUUGAUGUUCUGAUCAUCGACUCAUGGAGAUCUCUUAAGAUGCUAAACGGCAGCGAGGAUUGGUAUAGGCUAAUUAUUGUUUGCGAUGAUCCCGCCAAAUCACCACAAUUUGAUGCGAGCUAUAAUGUUACUACUUGGAAGCAACUUAUCGACGGUUUUACUAACGAUACAGAGUACCAGUAUACUCCGCCAGAUGACAACUCCGAUGAUAAGAAAUUCUUUGCAUACGUAACUUCUCCAUGGAAUGGAACUAAUAGUUUUAAUCAAAUUUGUCUAGUGAGCAAUAUAGCGGAAUUCAUCAAGGGAUUCCCCUUAGGCAAUGAACUGAACAACCACGAACAUCUAACUAUUUCGGCAAAACUAGCAAGUUCUAGUGCAGGUCUACAAAUUUGGGGAAAACUUUUUGCAGUCUUAUUACAUGGCGGGUGUGCAUCUUUCAUCAAUCCGGCAACGUUAGAUUGCAGGUCGUUGCAUGAAACUACGUUGCUGUUUAUUGAAACAAAGGAGGUUGUCAAAUUAAUUGAUUCUAGCUCCAAAAGUGGGCCGCUGAAUAGACUCUACUUAUCCUGGGCCACAAAUUUACUGAGUGAAGGUAUUUUUACAAAAAUCACCAAAAUCGAGCCACGUUAUCUUGAAAAAUUAAGAUGUACUUAUUUGGCAGAUAGUGUGAAAGAUGCUGAGGCUAUUUCAACGUUUCCUGAAAAAAUUCCUCAACUAAAGAAGACUAACCGAAGAACCACCCCAACUACUAAACAGCUAAAUGAGAUAAGGGCUCAGUUGGGAUCCCGUGUAGUUCUUGAAUUAUAUUGUCCAUACACUAUCAUGGGACCUGUAGCGCAUACCAACUUUUAUGACUAUAGGGUUUUUGAGAACUCUGUGGAUGACAGCGUUGUUUGUUAUGGAACACUAAGCACCACAUUAGAAGGAAAAAUGGUGGAAACCGAAACCAACCCUCUUUUGAACAUAGAGAAGAAACAGGGCAUGUUAUGUAUUCGUGGCUUUAGCAUAGGUAAGCCAGUAGAGUCCCGUCGUUUAGAGAAAGCUUUGCAUUUGGCCGAAAGGUUUGGUGGAGGUGAAGGGUGGAUGCCCCUAGUUGGCGUAUUUGGACUGUGGGGCCAAGACGGUUGUUUAUACAUCUACAAUCAAUGA